CCAAUUUCCAGUUAGCCGGAAUGUAACGGCGCCUUUCCCGCUUCAAUUGGAAUUCGCGUGUUUUUUGUGUCUCGUGUUAAUUGUAUUAUUUCCCCCGCUUUUCCGCUCUUCCGCGUUUCGCGUGCAAAGCGAUGAGUCUGCAGGACGAGAGUUUUCCGACGGACGAGCUGUUUGACCAGCUGAACAAUUUGAGUAGCGGUGGCGCCGGGAAUACCUGGUUCGCGGAGCAUCAUAAGCCCGCAGCCUUCGAGCGGAAUACGGCGCCAUUUUUGGAUAUCUGCUACGCGGAUCCCGAGUUUGAUGCGGAUGGUGAUGUGGCCAACAAGAGCGCCAAGACAUGCGUAAGCGAUCCCGUGGGUCGCGAUCAGGAGGAUGAGGACGACUAUGAUGAGGAUGUCGAUGGUGAUGAUCAUAAACUGGGUGGCGAGGAGGCUCCAUUGGGCAGCGGGCGCUCCAGCAAGGCGGUCUCCUACCAGGACAUCCACUCGGCCUACACGAAGCGCCGCUUCCAGCACGUGACCAGCAAGGUGGGCCAGUACAUAGCGGAGAUCCAGGCGCAGGACCAAAAGAGACGCAAUGUGGCGUUCGCCGGAUUCCAACGGGUCAACUCCAUGCCGGAGAGUCUAACGCCCACAUUGCAGCAGGCGUAUGUCCAUGAUGGUGACUUCAAGGUGGACAAGAACUGCAAGUCGCAAUCCAACUCGAACUGCAAUUCCAAUUCAAACAACUCCAGCAGCAGCUUUGACCGAUUGCUGGCCGAGAACGAGAGCCUGCAGCAGGAGAUCAAGUCAUUGAGAGGAGAGGCGAAGCGUCUGCAGGGCUUCAACGUGUAUGUUCAGGAAAGACUGGACAGAAAGACAGAUGAUUUUGUGAAGAUGAAGUGCAAUUUCGAAACCCUGCGCACAGAGCUAAGCGAAUGCCAGCAGAAGCUGAGACGCCAGCAGGGCAACUCACAGCAGCACUUCAUGUACCACAUUCGAUCGGGGACCAGUGCCAAGGCCACCCAAACGGAUUUCCUGGUGAACGCCAUACCCGCGCCCGGAAACGUCCUGGUCACACCCCAUCCUCUGGGCGACCUGACCUACAACAGCAGCAAAGGAUCCAUCGAGUUGGCACUGCUCAGCGUGGCGCCUUCUGCCCGAGUGUCCCAGAAUCCCGGCCAGGUCCAACGCGCGGUUCGCCCACAAUCUUUGGACUUUAGCAGCGUUAGCACCGAAGCUGAUGGCAGCGGUAGUGGCGAACAUCGUGUGAACACCUCAUCCAGGGCCUUGGUCAGAAGAACCCCGGCGCCCAACAACUCGGAAACCAGCCAGCCGAGCAGCAACGACUCGGCCAUCGAGGUGGAGGCGCACGAGGAGGAGCCGCCCAGCUCCAGGCGGCAGUGGGAACCGCAGGGGGAGCGCAUCUUGCCCAGGCAAUGGAGCCAGCACGAUGGCAUGUACUACUUUGACAAGCGCAACAACCGAGUCAUCGAGGUGAUGGGCUUCAAUAUCAGUCAGGGACGCAAUCAGAGCCAAGACACCAUUCAUAAUCAGAGCAUCAAUGAUAGUCAGACGCGUCUGCUGGUCCGCUCGAUGUCGAUGUCGCACUUGGAAACGCAUGACCACUUUAGGAGUAAAAGAGCGACACUGGGCAGCCGGAUGCUACGAUUCCUGGGGCCCUGCGUUCGCUGCCGUAAUGGUGAUCCAAUGAACCGCAGCAAUGCCACAUACAUGGAUGGUUUGCCUUCAAUGCCCGAGGAGGAGUUCGUUGACCAAAGGAACCAGCGCUAGUCCAA